AUCCGCGGCGAGAAGGAUCGGCGGUGAGAAGGAGAGCGACAAGAUCCACAGCGAUGAUCGACGACGACAUUGAAGAAGUCCCAGACGAGAAGGAGAUGACCCCUGUGGACACUGCUCGACGGCAAAAAGAAGAUCUUCACGACUACAGGACGCCGGACCUCCCAAGAGGCGAUAGGGAUCCCCGACGAGAAGGAUCCACGGCGAGAAGGAGAGCGACAAGAUCCACAGCGAUGAUCGACGAUGAUUUUGAAGAAGUGGAAGACAAGGAGGACAGCGAAGAAACGGGCGACCACGCGAUCGCUGUGCGGCGCGACGACGAGAAAAUGCAGAGGGCGCCCCGCGUGGAUGUCGUCGCUGUGCGCCGUGUGCGCCGACCUUCAGUGCUGGAGAAGCCGCAAGCGGACGACCUUUGUGGUGAAGGAGGCGCAAACGCAUCGAAAGCAUGGAGCAGACGAACGGGCCCCGAUGUCGAUUCCUCGCCUGCCGUCAUUGUUGACAGUGACACGUACGACAACAACUCUCCAGACCUCCUUCGCGCACACUCCCUUCAACUGUUGCCACGACCAAAAUUUCCUCGACACGAACGGUGACACCCCCGUCCACCUCAAUCCUCGAACAACAUAACCCCUUCAACAACUGGCCCUCUCGCUGUGGAGACCGCAAAUGCAGCACAUAGUACUCUCCUGGAAAACAAAGUGCAACAACUAAA